UGGAAGGUGAGUGACCCGGACCCACCUGCGGAGGGCGGCGGGCCGGGCUCGAACCCAGCGCCUCCGGGGACGCCCGCCCGGCCCGCGGGAGACCGCGCUUCCCGCCUCCUCGCAGAGCUUCCUUGUCAUCUGUCCUGGCUGCUCAGAACCCCACAGCGUGGAUGUGCCAUAGCUUACAUAACCGUACCCUCAUCUCGGACGGUUAGAGCGACUCGGAGUGGAGGGAGCCGCGUGGGCCGAGGCCAGAACAUGGCGGCUGCAAAGCCCAGCCUGGGCCGGGUCCUCCCUGGGUCGUCCAUCCUCUUCCUGUGUGACAUGCAGGAGAAGUUCCGCCAUGUCGCCUACUUCCCCCAGAUCGUCUCUGUGGCCGCCCGCAUGCUCAAGGUGGCCCGACUGCUGGAGGUGCCAACUGUGCUGACGGAGCAGUACCCGCAGGGCCUGGGCCCCACGGUGCCCGAGCUGGGGGCGGCGGGCCUGCAGCCCCUGCCCAAGACCUGCUUCAGCAUGGUGCCCGUGGCGCGGCAGGAGCUGGACGCGCGGCCGCAGCUGCGCUCUGUGCUGCUCUGCGGCAUCGAGACUCAGGCCUGCAUCCUGAACACAACCCUGGACCUCCUGGAUCGGGGGCUGCAGGUCCACGUGGUGGUGGACGCCUGCUCCUCCCGCAGCCAGGUGGACCGCCUGGUGGCACUUGCCCGGAUGCGACAGAGCGGCGCCUUCCUCUCCACCAGCGAAGGCCUCAUUCUGCAACUGAUCCAGAAGAUCAUCAAGGAGCCCGCCCCGGACAGCGGGCUGCUCGGCCUCUUCCAAGGCCAGAACCCCCUCCUCCGCUGAACCCCGCUCGGCCCCGCGGGGAGACCUCCCUCCUGCCUGUCACCGGCCUGGGGGGAAGCGCUUUCCCCGUCCUUGGGUCCCUAGAGUGGUGCAGUCCACCGGGAGCGCCGCCCCUCGGGAGGGGAGGCGGGUGCUGCCUUGCUAUUGGGCGGCAGCUCCCGGAAAUGCAAAUGAGCUCCUGGCAGCCGAUGGCCGUUGGCUGGGCUGAGCUGGGGGCGGGGCUCGGCCCCGGGCCCCUUCAAGGGUUG